AACCGGAGCAAACAUACACGAGAGAUGUUAAGAUUUUCCUAAAAAGACUCCAGAGACACAGAGAAAAUUACUGUCGGAACAGCUUUUUAAAGUGUUUGCAUGAUGGAUGACCUCUAAGGCACGGGGUCUACCUGCUACUAUUUCCAUCCAAACAAUAGACUUUUGUUUCUCCGGCAGCGGAGGGUUAUCUGUACUGAGGGGCCCCACCAUGCAACGCACGGAAUGUCAGGACUAAAAUCUUAAACUCAAUUUAACUGGAAGCCAAUAAAGACUGGAAUUUAACUGGAAGCCAAUGAAGACUGGAUCAAACGGGGGUGAUAUGGGCUGUUCUGGGUGCACCGGUGUGCGAGUCCCCGGGGUGUCACUUGGAAACUACACCCUAAAGGACCUCGAAUACGCCGAUGACACCACCCUGUUCAGUGAGACCGCUGACCAGCUCAGGGAGGCCCUCGGUGUGUUUGAUGAGGAGACCAAACAGCUCGGCCUGAAAAUCAGCUGGUCCAAAACCGAACUCAUGCAUAUCGGCGAUGGACCAGACCCACCACCCUUCUUAUUUGAGGAUACCCCCGUCCACUUUGUCCCUACCUUCAGAUACCUCGGCUCGACAGUCACCAACACCGGCGACCUCAAACGAGAGGUGGACCGCCGUCGCGCCCUUGCAGCCUCCGUCAUGCAGUCCUUGUGGAGACCGUUGUGGCGACACCGGCACAUAUCUCGGGACACCAAGUUGAGGGUCUACAAUUCCUCUGUCAUCUCUGUCCUUCUGUACGGCUCGGAAACAUGGCCGCUGAAUAACAUCCUGGCGGCCAGGCUAGAUGGCUUUGAUUCCAGAGCCCUCAGGAGGAUAGAAGGCAUCACGUGGAGCCAGCAUGUCACCAACAAGACCCUAAGAGAGCUAACCCAACAGCUCCCAGCCUCUCGCCUCGCAGCAAUGCGGCGAGUGCGCUGGUAUGGCCAUGUCAUCCGCCUGCCGGGGGAACACCCCACGCGCAAAAUCCUGGACUUCAACCCGCAGCGAGUUGGCUGGAGACGCCCUAGAGGCGCCCCCAGCACUCGCUGGCUGGAUGUAUUAGCCCAGGACCUUAAGGCCUGCAAUGUGACUAUGGCACAAGCUCAACACCUUGCCCACAACAGACCCAGAUGGAGAGACCUGGUUGCUAUGGUCGGCUCUACGCGCCCUGAAGUGCAAGAGGACUAAGUAAGUAACUGGCAAUCCAAAAGAUUGCAAGCCAGUCUCGUAUCAGUGUCUGUGUCCAGGAACGGCCUGCUCACUGCCAAGGCCGAACACCGCCGUGACGCAGACAAAGAAGAGACAGGGCGAUAUAUCACGACUGUCAGCACAUUUGCAUUUUUGUAUAAUCAUAUAUUGUGUCUAACUGGAGCUGUCGAGAUGACCCCCUUUUCCCUCAGCGACAGCUUCAGUGAUGUAA